GGGAUCUUCCUGACCCAGGGAUCAAACCUGGGUCUCCCACUUUGCAGGCAGACUCUUGAUCAUCUGAACCACCAGAGAAUCCCUUUCAUGUAUUAAUUUAUGGCAGUUGCAGGUGAAAGAGCUGUGUGGAUGCUGUUUUCUCAAUACGUAGACGUGUUUUUGCUGCAUAAUAUCCCCAGAAGAGACACAGCAGGAGGAAGAAGAGGAGGAAAUGGCAGCUUCUCAGGGACGGCUGACCUUCCGGGAUGUGGCCAUAGACUUCACUCAAGAGGAGUGGGAAUGCCUGGACCUCGGUCAGCGGGACUUGUACACGGACGUGAUGGUAGAGAACUAUAGGAACCUGGCUUCCUUGGGUCUUGUGGUCUCUAAGCCAGACUUGGUCACCUUUCUGGAGCAAAUGAAGGAUCUCAGGAAUAUAAGGAGAAUGCAGACAACAGUCAUAUACCCAGCUAUAUCUCCUCAAGACACCCAGGAUUUGAUGCCAAAGAAACCAAGGGUAGAAGAUUUGUUCCCAAAAGCAAACCUAGGAAUAUAUGAAAGAUUUCACCUCAGAAACUUGCAAUUAAUGAAAGACUCAGAACAUACAAGGGCGUGUGAAAGACAGAGAGGAUGUUUACAUAGACAUAAAGAAAUUGAGACAGUUACACAUAAUGCAGACAUUACUGUAGAAAGAAAUGAGCUACUUGAGUCAAAUUGGGGGAAACCCUCAUUUCAGUCUUCAACAUCUGCUGAGAAGUGUACGUUUUUCAGAAAAAAUUUACAUUGUUUUUUGAAACAUACUUGUUCUCUGAAAGGAAAUGUGGAAAAUCUGGAAGGUCCUCCAGUCUCUACUGUACAUACUCCUUCAAACCACUCUGAGCAUAGGCUUCGAUUCAACAUAUAUUUCAACAUGUCUGAAAACCAGAAAUCUAAAAAUGAUGGGAAAAACUCACAAUGUAAUCAAUUUGAAGGAUCUGUGAUUAGGAAGUCAUUAUUUUUCCAGAAACAGAUAUUUUCUCCCCAUUCCAAGAUGUAUAAUGUUGAUGAUAAUGGAAGAGAGGUAAUCCAACCAGCAUUGUUCAAUACAUCCCAUGAUAUGGUUAAUAGGGAAGAACUUUCCAUGUGUAAGAAAAUGAGUCAGACCUUAAUUAAGACCUCCAGCUCCAAUAAUUACACAAUUAUUCAUGAUGGAGUGAAGGUCUCUUCAUACAAUGAAACUGGGCAUAACUUUGAACAAGACUCAAACUUUAUGGAACAUCAGGGAGCUCAGUCUUCACACAAGGAUUCUAAAAGUAGUAAAUGUAAGAAUAUCUUUUAUCAAGCAUCAGAUCUUUCUCUAAAUAAGAGUAUUCAUAGUGGAGAGAAAACUUACAAUUGUAGUGAAUAUGGUAAAGUUUCUAAUCAGUCUUCAAAUCUGAUUAAGCAGCAGAGAAUUCAGAAUCCACAGAAACAUUACAAGCGUAAUAAAUGUGGGAAAGUCUUCAGUAACUCAUCUAAUAUAAGUAAACACAGGAAGACACGUUCAGGAAGCAAACCUUUCAAGUGUGCAGGAUGUGCCAAAGCCUUUAAUCAGAGUUCAAAUCUUAGUCAACAUCAGCAAAUCCAUACUGGCAGGAAACCUUAUAAAUGUAGCAAAUGUGGCAAAGUGUUUAUCUAUUUCUCAACUCUUAGUCAACAUCAGCAAAUUCACAUUGGGGAGAAACCUUAUCAAUGUGCAAAGUGUGGCAAAGCCUUUAAUCAGAACUCAAAUCUUACUCGACACCAGCGAAUUCAUACUGGAGAGAAACCUUAUAAAUGUAAGGAUUGUGGCAAAGCCUUUAGCCGGCGCUAUGGUCUUACUCAACACCAGUGAAUUCAUACUGGAGAGAGACCUUAUAAAUGUAAAGAAUGUGGGAAAGCCUUCAAUACAAACUCACAUCUUACUCAACACCAGCGAAUUCAUACUGGAGUGAAACCUUAUAAAUGUAAGGAUUGUGGCAAAGCUUUUAGCCAGUGCUAUGGCUUUACUCAACAUCAGUUAAUUCAUACUGGAGAAAAACCUUUUAAAUGUAAAGAAUGUGGAAAAGCCUUUAGUCAAUCCUCAACUCUUUCUAAACACCGGCGAAUUCAUACUGGAGAGAAACCUUAUAAAUGUAAAGAAUGUGGAAAAGCAUUUAAUAAAAACUCAACUCUUACUAAACACCAGCGAAUUCAUACUGGAGAGAAGCCUUAUAAAUGUAAGGUUUGUGGCAAAGCCUUUAGCCAGAGCUAUGGUUUUACUCAACAUCAGUUAAUUCAUACUGGAGAGAAACCUUUUAAAUGUAAAGAAUGUGGAAAAGCCUUUAGUCAAUCCUCAACUCUUACUAAACACCAGCGAAUUCAUACUGGAGAGAAACCUUAUAAAUGUAAAGAAUGUGGAAAAGCAUUUAAUAAAAACACAACUCUUACCAGACACCAGCGAAUUCAUACUGGAGAGAAGCCUUAUAAAUGCAAUGAUUGUGGCAAAGCCUUUAGCCAGCGCUAUGGCUUUACUCAGCAUCAGUUAAUUCAUACUGGAGAGAAACCUUUUAAAUGUAAAGAAUGUGGAAAAGCCUUUAGUCAAUCCUCAACUCUUACUAAACACCAGCGAAUUCAUACUGGAGUGAAACCUUAUAAAUGUAAGGAUUGUGGCAAAGCCUUUAGCCGGUGCUAUGGCUUUACUCAACACCAGCGAAUUCAUACUGGAGAGAAACCUUAUAAAUGUAAAGAAUGUGGAAAAGCCUUUAGUCAAUCCUCAACUCUUACUAAACACCAGCGAAUUCAUACUGGAGAGAAACCUUAUAAAUGUAAAGAAUGUGGAAAAGCCUUUAGGCAUAGCAGUCAUCUCACUAGGCAUCUCAGUGCACAUACUGGAGAGAAACCCUCAUAAUGAAAUAAGUGAUGGAAGAAGUUUGUCCUAAACAUACACGUUGGAAAACACGAGACCAUUUAUAUAAGAAAGACAUGGAAUGAUGUAGAAAUGUAAAAGAAAAAAAUGUAGAAAAUGGUUUAAUGAAAAAUGAAAUCUAAAUAAAUACCAGAAAAUCCAUACUAGAAAACUUUACAUCAAUCCUGUUUUCCGAAGUUCCUCUUACAGAGAAGUACUAUAGAUAGUAAUCAACAGUUAAAACAGAUAGAAAAUUGAUAUGUUAGUGUGGAUCACAAGAUGAAAGGUUGAUGUUUAUAAAGGUACAAUUAUUAGCAAUGUAUCCUUGUUUAUACUGACAUGAUUUGUGAUUAUUUGAGAAUGAAUGUAAUUCAACUCUCUACUUACUCCAAGGUAUGAUUCAUUUCUAGUGUGCAUGCAAACUUAUGUUUUUGAUAGUUGGUACCUCAAAGAUGAGAGAAGCCCUUCUAUCUAGGGAGAAAUCAUUUAUAUGUAUUCUCCAUUAGAAGAUUAAGGACACAGUAAUGUAACAUGUACAGUAAACAUCUAAAUGGUGGUGUUUGUCAUCCAUGUCACACAUCCCUGUAGGUCACCAUGAUGUAAGUGUUCAGGGAAUAAUUCCACAUACUAAAGAUGUAAAUUAUUAAGUUAUGCUUUUAAAGGUUAAUAUAAUGACAGUUCACUGAAAUCUUGAUGUGUUUUAUAAUAUCAGCAGAAAUUAUGAAAGUUUAACAUAUUUCAAAUAACCUCUGAUACCCUAAAAUGUAUGGGAAACCCUUCCCAGAAAAUUCCUGUAAUUAUUGUAAGUCUUCUUUCUUAAAUGAUUAGUCUCCAUUUUGUAACCAUAGAAAUCACAGUUGUCAGAUCAUUAUAUCAGAGGAAUGAAUAUUGUUUAUGCUUGCAAUCUGUCUUUUAAUCAAAGUUACACAAUGGAGUAUAAAAGGCUUUAUUCUGACUGUGUGUGAUGUUCAUACAUGUUAAUCAAUAAAACUGAAUGGCUUCUUGUGGUAAA